CUGAAACUUUCACCAGUGAGACAACCCUAACAACGACCUCUCUUCCCCCUACUUUUAGUGAAUAUACAAAAAGUGAGACUCCCAUGGCAACCUCCCUACCGGUCCUGAGCACAGCCGAAAUUUCCACAAGGGAGGAAAGUCUGACGACGGCUUCCCAGUCUACUCUGAUAGCAUCGUCCAGUGAAAGUCCCAUGAGGACGACUGUCACACAACCAGCGGUCUCUGAAUUCACCUCCAAUGAGACAACCAUGACAUUGGUUCCUCCCCAUCCAACUGGUACUGAAUUUACAAGUACGGAGACUACCAUGGCAGGCUCUCCUUCUCUUCCAAUGACAGAGACAUCCACACACAAUGAGAUAACAUCUUCAGUGCACACCACAAUGGAAACAAGCAACAGUGAGACAACCUCAGCAACAUCCUCUCCACCGCCAACGAUGACCUUCUCUUCCACCCAUAGCACCUUCUUGACUUCUGUCUCUCACACAACCCUUUCUGAAACCACCACCAAUGAAACGACUCUGGCAACAACAGUUUCUGCUCCAGCUUCAACAGAAUUUACCAACCGUGAAACAACACUGUCAACAACACCUUCUGCGUCCGCUACAUCUGAAACAUCCACUAGUGAGACAGUGGCAACAAGAGCUACUCACUCUGCAUUUCUAUCAACGUCUUCCAGGGAGAUAACAACCAGGGUCUCUCUCUCAACACUACCUGAAACUUUCACCAGUGAGACAACUCUAACAACGACUCUUCUUUCCCCUACAUUUAGUGAAUAUACAAAAAGUGAGACUCCCAGGGCAACCUCCCUUCCGGUCCUAAGCACAGCCGAAAUGUCCACAAGGGAGGAAAGUCUGACGACGGCUUCCCAGUCUACUGUGACAGCAUCGUCCAGUGAAAGUCCCUUGAGGACGACUGUCACACAACCAGCGGUCUCUGAAUUCACCUCCAAUGAGACAACCAUGACUUUGGUUCCUCCCCAUCCAACUGGUACUGAAUUUACAAGUACGGAGACUACCAUGGCAGGCUCUCCUUCUCUUCCAAUGACAGAGACAUCCACACACAAUGAGAUAACAUCUUCAGUGCACACCACAAUGGAAACAAGCAACAGUGAGACAACCUCAGCAACAUCCUCUCCACCGCCAACGAUGACCUUCUCUUCCACCCAUAGCACCUUCUUGACUUCUGUCUCUCACACAACCCUUUCUGAAACCACCACCAAUAAAACAAGUCUGGCAACAACACUUUCUGCUCCAGCUUCAACAGCAUUUACCAACCGUGAAACAACAUUGUCAACAACACCCCCUGCGUCCGCUACAUCUGAAACAUCCACUAGUGAGACAGUGGCAACAAGAGCUACUCACUCUGCUGUUGUAUCAACGUCUUCCAGGGAGAUAGCAACCAGUGUCUCUCUCUCAACACUACCUGAAACUUUCACCAGUGAGACAACCCUAACAACGACUCUUCUUCCCCCUACAUUUAGUGAAUAUACAAAAAGUGAGACUCCCAGGGCAACCUCCCUUCCGGUCCUGAGCACAGCCGAAAUGUCCACAAGGGAGGAAAGUCUGACGACGGCUUCCCAGUCUACUCUGACAGCAUCGUCCAGUGAAAGUCCCUUGAGGACGACUGUCACACAACCAGCGGUCUCUGAAUUCACCUCCAAUGAGACAACCAUGACUUUGGUUCCUCCCCAUCCAACUGGUACUGAAUUUACAAGUACGGAGACUACCAUGGCAGGCUCUCCUUCUCUUCCAAUGACAGAGACAUCCACACACAAUGAGAUAACAUCUUCAGUGCACACCACAAUGGAAACAAGCAACAGUGAGACAACCUUAGCAACAUCCUCUCCACCGCCAACGAUGACCUUCUCUUCCACCCAUAGCACCUUCUUGACUUCUGUCUCUCACACAACCGUUUCUGAAACCACCACCAAUGAAACGACUCUGGCAACAACAGUUUCUGCUCCAGCUUCAACAGAAUUUACCAACCGUGAAACAACAUUGUCAACAACACCCUCUGCGUCCGCUACAUCUGAAACAUCCACUACACCUUCUUGA